AUGCCGACGCCGCCGGCGAAGAUCUCGCCGUCGCUCCUCGCGUGCGAUUUCGCCAACAUCGAGACCGAGGCGAAGAGAGUCCUCGACGCGGGCGCGGACUGGCUCCACCUGGACGUCAUGGACGGCCACUUCGUCCCCAACCUCUCCUUCGGCGCGCCGGUGAUCAAGUGCCUCCACAAAAAGCUCCCCGACGCGUUCCUGGACGUCCACCUCAUGGUGACGAACCCGAAGGACUACGUCGCGCCGAUGAAGGACGCGGGCGCGACGAUGUUCACGUUCCACGUCGAGGCGACGACGGACGGCGGCGCGGACGUCGCGGCGGCCGCGCGCGGGGCGGGCAUGAAAGUCGGCAUCGCGCUGAAGCCGCAGACGCCCCCGGAGGCGGUCUACGCGCUGUGCGACAAGGGCGGCGUCGACAUGAUCUUAGUCAUGACAGUAGAGCCCGGGUUCGGAGGGCAAAAGUUUCAACCCGCGAUGAUGGCCAAAGCGAGGACGCUUCGGAACAAGUACGCGGAGCUCGACAUCCAGGUCGACGGCGGCUUGGACGGCGUCACGGUGAGGGAAGCCGCGGUCGCGGGCGCGAACGUCAUCGUCGCGGGCAGCAGCGUGUACGGCGCGAAGGACAUUCCGGACGCGAUCGCGACGCUUCGAGCGGCGGUGGAAAAAGCCAGGGCGGCGGAGGCGGAGUCGAACGCGCGCGUCGCGGCGCAGGAGGCGCAGGACGCGGGGACGCCGCCGCCGGCGAAGUUUUGCACGCAGUGCGGGACGCCGAGGGUGGAGGGCGGGAAGUUUUGCACCGGAUGCGGGGGCAAGUUCUGA